AAUCAGUUUUCAUUUUGCUCUUGCAUUGAAAGCAUCUCGUUCCUAAGCCAAACCGAACCUUCUCGUAGGAUUUCUGUUCGAUCUCCCUUGCAAGUUCGCUGCUAUCGAAGGAAGGCUAUUCAUCAUCAUCCGUCAGACAUCGUCGUUUGGCCGUUAGUCCACCAACCCAAUUUAUAUUCUCGGUGGUGUCAACUUGUCGAGAGACAGUUCUGAAAACAAUACAACAAGUGUGUGGCGAAGCAAAAUCGUGGUUUUACGUCAGCAAAAAAAAAAAAUAUUAAUCGGUUGCCUCGAACGAUCCAUUUAAUGUCAGUCAGAGCGGAAAGUUUGCCAUCGAAAGGAGAGUUUCAAAUUAUCAUCAAUCGCGUGUGUUUAUAUACAAUCGGAAUUUAAUGAGUCCUUGCAGACGCGUUUCUUAAGCCAGAGUGUGCGGUGUUCUCAGAGGUCAACAAUUGAUCCGCUAAGCGACGUGACUUAUUGCCGCCAAUCUGAAUCCCAGUGUGCACUGUUAGCGAGUGUUGAGGAGAUUUACAUUACGUACCCUUACGCUACAGUUGGCCAUAUGUUAAGCUACGCUCAAAAAGUGAAUCUACUUAACUUAAUGCUGCUGAAUGUGCUGAUAAAAUACCUUAUAAACUCUAAUGUUACAUAACGUUUGGCUAGAACGCUAGAAUACGAAUCCCGUUGAAAGUCCUUACUGAAAAGUGGAAUUGCCAGGCAACAAGCACAAACCCAAAAGGUGCAACGUUAAUCGGAAAAGCGAAUACAAGUCAAGAAACCCCUGGCAAGAGUAAAAGUGUAAUAAAUUCUUGCUACUCGGUUGGAAAGUACCCGCGAUAUAUUGCAUCCCGGCCGGAAAAGAAAAUCAAUUCAUAAAGGAAUGAUGAAUCUCAAAAUACUGUACCUGCUGGCCAUGGCGGCCAUGCUAGCGCCUCAGAUCAACGGGCGUGCGGUAGACCUUGAUCAGGAUAACUCACUGUCAGCAUCAUCGUCCUCUUCGGUGCCCCGCAUGUCCCGACCCAAUUUCGUGAAAAUCACCUCACCCCCUCCAGUGCAAAUCACCCAAGUCCGUGGCAGUACCAUUGAGCUCGAGUGCGAAGUCAUGGGAUCGCCAACUCCUACCGUACAGUGGGUUCACGGCAGUGGUCAAACGGCAGAUUGGGACGAUGCCACCAUGAACAUCAUUAGCGAAAGCAGUCCUACGACAAUGGCUCGUGUAGUGUCGCGAUUAGUAUUGGAUCAUUCGUCACAUGCCUCUGAAAGUACCUACACCUGUAUCGGACGAUCAGGAGGUCAAAUGGCUCUUGCUUCGACCACUGUCUAUCACGUUGAAGCCGCCAGGGCCAACUUCACGGACUUAAUGAAACCAGCCCAUCAUCUUUUCAUGCAUCUGAAACCCGCUCGUGUCACGCUCCACUUCAGGGCGUUAUUCGAGUACAUGGGAUCAACCGUCAUCCUACCCUGCAAAACUGUGGGUCGCCCUCUACCGGAAGUCACUUGGAAAAACGAAGAAGGUAAUGCUAUCGGAAGCAUGCAAGAUCCCCGUUUCCAUACGCUCCCCACCGGAGAAUUGGUCAUCAACGAUCUCCGAUGGUCCGACAUGGGCUCGUACACCUGCGUUGCCAAGAACGCCAUUUCCAAAGAUGAAGCGGAAACCUUCCUCUAUCCUAUUCGUCCCAACUAACUCUCAUCAUCGUAACCAUUAAACAUGACAAGUGAAGCACUCUCUUGGACUAUGAGUAAUGGACUCCGAAAGCACUAAUUGAAAAACGUAAAGUUACUAUUUUCAACAGUCAGUUAUAAACACUUAUGCCAUUUACUUAACUUAUUAUAUAUUUAGGAUCGAAGAGAUAUCGAUUAAUUUAUUUAAACAAUCUUAAAAAAAGUAUUUUAAAUUAACACAUAACACAUGAUUUCACUAGAAUACUACGAAAUAAGUUAAAACUAAAUGUUGAAACUCGAAAAUGCCACCAGGCACGAGCAGAAGCGUGAAUUUUAUCACCAUACCUGUAAACUGUACAUAGAAUUAAAUGCAAAUGGAAAACCCAGAAAACUGAAAAGAUCUUUAUAAAAAAAAAUACCGGUGCAUAGAAAUGAGAAAAGCUAAUCUCUAAGUACAAUAAAACCUCUCCAAACAAUUUAAAUUACCCGAAA